AUGCGCCGAGUCGUAGUUACUGGACUAGGCGCCGUCACGCCGCUGGGCGUCGUCCUCCACAAGCCCCCAGUGCUUCACACAUCCCAGCAACAACAAACACAGACUGACACCCCAACAGGACUCAAGCACACCUGGCCACGCCUCCUGAACGGGCACAGCGGCGUCAUAAACGUCGCAACGCCCGACCGUGACCCGCGCUUCGCGGCGCUGCCGAGUCGCGUUGCGGGCGUGGUGCCGGUCGGGGACGGCGGGCGGAAGGCCGGGCUGUGGUGCGCACGGGAGUGGGUUUCUGCGGGGGACGAGCGCAAAAUGGCCCGCUUCACGCAGUACGCCAUGGCGGCGGCGCAGGAGGCGCUGGAAGAUGCUGAGUGGGCGCCGCAGCGGGACGCGGAUCUCGAGAGCACGGGCGUCUAUAUUGGCUCGGGCAUCGGCAACUUCGACGAGGUCUACGACACGUCGGUCGCGUAUGAGAAGGGCGGCUACAAAAAAGUGUCCCCCCUCUUCGUGCCCAAGCUGCUCAUCAACCUCGGCGCCGGCCACAUCUCGAUGCGGUACGGGUUCCGCGGCCCCAACCACGCAGCCACGACGGCAUGCACGACAGGCGCGCACGCAGUCGGCGACGCCGCGCGGCUGAUAGCGUUUGGCGACGCGGACGUCAUGGUCGCCGGCGGCGCCGAGGCCUGCAUCCACCCGCUGGCGAUGGCGGGGUUUGCGCGCGCGCGCAGCCUCGCUGCCGACUGGAAUGCGGAGCCGGCGAGGGCGUCGCGGCCGUUUGAUCGCGAGAGGGCCGGGUUCGUUAUUGGUGAGGGGGCGGGCGUGCUGGUGCUUGAGGAGCUCACGCACGCCCUCGCCCGCAACGCGCGCAUCUACGCCGAGCUCGCCGGCUACGGCCUCUCGUCCGACGCGCACCACAUGACGGCGCCGCGGGCAGACGGCUCAGGCCCCUUCCUCGCGAUGCAGCGGGCGCUGCGGCACGCGGGCGCGGCGCCGGGGGACGUGGACUACGUGAACGCGCACGCGACGUCGACGCCGCUGGGCGACGCGGCCGAGAACGCGGCCAUCAAGGCGCUGUUGCUCGGCGAGGGCGGGUGGAGCAGGCCGAGUGAGGUCAGUGUUAGCAGCGUCAAGGGCGCUGUGGGGCAUUUGCUUGGGGCGGCGGGCGCGGUCGAGGCGAUUUUUACGGUGCUGGCCAUGCAUGAGGGCAUCCUCCCCCCAACCCUGAAUCUCGACAAUCCGGGCGACCCGCCCGAGGACUUCACCUGCAACUACAUCGCCGAGACGGCACAGCAGCGGCGGAGCGGCGUGCGCGUCGCCCUGUCCAACUCGUUUGGCUUUGGCGGCACCAACGCCAGCUUGUGCUUUCGGAGCUUGUAG